GUGUUCUUGAAAAGCACUGACUGAUUUUCAUCCCGUCUGGGUUGAAAAAAAAAAAAUCCCAAUUAAACUCAAAAAUCCAAUCCUGUGUUUGCUUUCUUCUUUGGCUUUAGAUUUUUUGUUUCUAUUUUAGAAAAGAAAGAAUGAAAAUGAAGUUCUCCAGCAAGGCAUAAUAAUAGGUAGUAACUUUCCCAAAGGAGAAAGAACCAACAAGGAGAAAAAUAUCUAAUUUGCCACUUUGGCUUCCCUUUUGCAUCAUCAAGCACUCAGCCCUAUUAGCCAAUGCCCUUUUGCCUUGCAGGUAGAGAAGAAAAAGAAAAAGAACAAGAAAAUAAAAAAAUCUCAUCAGCUAUUUAUAACCAGAUCAUUCAUUCCCCCUGCUUUUCUUUCAUCUUAGCCUUUUUGUUUCUCAUUUCCUCUUGUUUUGAAUGUGUUGCUUGGUCUCCUUGUAGCAUAUCUCUCCCUCCAAGAAUCUUUGCUUAGGCUUUGUUCUUUAACAUUACUACUACUCUCCAGUUUUUAUGGAUAUCUUCUGUUCAUGUUUCGGAUCCAUUCAAGAUUAAAAGAUAACUUUAUCCAAUCUCUCCGUUUCUACUUCACUUUUUCCAUAUUCAAACCAAGCAUUUACUCAUAACUUCUCUUUCUUGAUAAUUCCAUAUUCAAUCCCAAGCUGCAUUUUUUGUUUUUAGGCCUUUUCACAUAUUAUUCCACACAUCUCUCUCCAAGAACAGUUUCCCAUUAUAAAUAAUCAUAAAAGAAAAAAGAAACCUAACCCACAUCGAAUCUUACCCUCAGUUUCCAAUCAUGAAUCGUCUAGACCGAGAGAAGGAAGAGUAUGCAGGAGCUAGUUCAUCUUACUCAGGAAUGGCAUCUGCAGCUAUUCCUCAACCAAUGGAGGGACUUCAUGACGCUGCUCCUCCCCCUUUUCUCACAAAAGCUUAUGACAUCGUGGAGGACAUGACCACAAACCAUAUAGUUUCUUGGAGUAGAGGCAACAAUAGCUUCGUUGUUUGGGAUCCCCAGACCUUUGCCAUGAGUCUUCUGCCCAGAUACUUCAAGCACAAUAAUUUCUCGAGCUUUGUUAGGCAGCUUAACACAUAUGGGUUUAGAAAGGUUGAUCCAGAUAGUUGGGAAUUUGCCAAUGAAGGGUUUGUCAGAGGGCAAAAGCAUCUUCUCAAGAAUAUACGAAGGAGAAAAAAUCCACAACCUCAGGUUUUUAAGCAAUCUCUAGACCCUUUUGUUGAAGUUGGAAGGUUUGGAAUAGAUGGAGAAGUCGAUCGAUUAAGGGGAGACAAACAAGUUAUAAUGAUGGAACUGGUGAAGCUUAGGCAGCAACAACAGAAUACUAGAGCUUGUCUUCAAUUAAUGGAACACCGACUCAAAAGGACAGAGACAAAACAGCAACAAAUGAUGGGUUUCUUGGCUAGAGCAAUGCAGAAUCCCAAUUUUGUGCAACAACUAGUCCAACAAAAGGACAGAAGGAAGGAACUGGAAGAAUCAAUUAAUAAAAAGAGAAGGCGGCCUAUUGACCAAGGGCCUAGUAAUGCUCAAGUUGGAGACUUUCAUCAUGGUGGAGGAGUGGAAACUUUUGUGAAGAUUGAACCUCAGGAGUUUGGUGACCUUUCUGACUUUGAAGUUUCAGAACUGGACGCACUGGCAAUGACCAUGCAAGGAGUGAGUAGAAGCCAACAAAACAUGGAGGAAGAAUGUAUAGAGAGAGGAGAGAAACAUGUGGAUAAAGGUAAAGACCUUGAUAAGGGGUUCUGGGAUGACUUAUUGAUUGAGGAUAUUGGGGAAGAAAUGGAUACCUAUUAGGUGGUGUUGCUGAAGACGUAGAUGUGUUGGUAGAGCAGCUCAGUUUGCCUGGGUCCUAGUCCAUAGUAGAGAAACUGGAGUUAUGCUGCUUCUUUUCCUGCCUGCUUCAGUGCUUUGAGCAUGAAAGACUCUCACUUUAACUAACUCUCUCUCUCUCUCUCUCUCUCUCUCUCUCUUAUUUAUUUUGCCCCUUGGCUGCCAAAAGCCACAUAUAUUAGAUGGGUUGUUUUGGUAAUUGACAGAAGACUGCCUCAGAAUAAAAGCAUAAAAUGUGUGCUUGGAAACUAGAUAAACAGCUUAUAUAAUUUUCUGGAAUUAUUCAUGUUGAUAUAUAGUUGAUCGUAGGUUCAGUUAUAUAACAAGAUUACCAGAACAUUCA